UCUUUGCUCUUCUCACUAAACACACUCUCUCUCUCAGUCUGCCAUUUUUCUCUCGAAGCUUCUUAUCCAAUCUGCUACCAUGGGGAAGAUCAAGAUCGGAAUCAACGGAUUUGGAAGGAUCGGAAGGUUGGUGGCCAGAGUGGCUCUGCAGAGAGAUGAUAUUGAACUCGUCGCCAUUAACGAUCCUUUCAUCACCGGCGACUACAUGGUUUACAUGUUCAACUAUGACACUGUGCACGGUCGCUGGAAGCAUAACGAUGUCAAGCUUAGGGACGCAAACACCCUUCUCUUUGGUGACAAGCCCGUCUCUAUUUUUGCUGUCAGGAACCCAGAUGAGAUCCCAUGGUCUGGGAGUGGAGCUGAAUAUGUUGUCGAGUCAACCGGUGUUUUCACCGAUAAGGAAAAGGCUGCUGCCCAUUUGAAGGGUGGAGCGAAGAAGGUUAUCAUCUCAGCCCCCAGCAAAGACGCUCCUAUGUUUGUUGUGGGUGUCAAUGAGAAGGAAUACAAGCCAGAUCUUAAUAUUGUUUCCAAUGCUAGUUGCACGACCAACUGCCUUGCUCCUCUUGCAAAGGUCAUUCAUGAUAGGUUCGGUAUUGUUGAGGGUCUGAUGACCACCGUUCACUCCAUUACUGCCACCCAAAAGACUGUCGAUGGACCUUCUUCUAAGGAUUGGAGAGGUGGAAGAGCUGCUUCAUUCAACAUCAUUCCCAGCAGUACUGGAGCUGCAAAGGCUGUUGGUAAAGUGCUGCCUGAUCUGAACGGAAAAUUGACGGGAAUGUCUUUCCGUGUUCCUACUGUUGAUGUCUCAGUGGUUGACCUUACCGUGAGGCUGGCAAAGUCAGCUACUUAUGAUGAAGUCAAAGCUGCCAUCAAGGAGGAGUCUGAGGGAAAACUGAAGGGAAUCUUGGGUUACACUGAAGAUGACGUGGUUUCCACUGACUUUGUUGGGGACAGCAGGUCUAGUAUUUUUGAUGCAAAGGCUGGAAUUGCUCUGAAUGAUAACUUCCACAAGUUGGUCUCAUGGUACGACAAUGAGUGGGGAUACAGCUCUCGUGUUGUCGACUUGAUUUCCUACAUUGCAUCUGUUGAUCAUGCUUAGGCAGCAAGACUAUGACUGCUUCUCUAUCGGAUGCAGUGUGUUACCGGAGUUAUGCAUAUCGGUGUAGCCUUCAUGUUAGCCAAUAGCGAAGGCAGUGUGCAAAAAUAAGAUGAAUAACACGGAAUGGUGGUAGUUAUUUAGGUUUCGGUGUGAUCAGGGGUGGUGAGUUUCUGCCCUUGUGUGUUUUAAAAGAUGGACUUGAGAUUGUUCUGUGCCUGAUUAUGUUCUUCACUGUAUACCCAUUGGCUCAGACUUUUUCAUGUUUUAUAACCCUCUCCCUCUCUCCCAGCCCCUCCAAAAUCCAAAAGUUGACUCUUCCAUUCUUCA